AUGGCGAGCUCUUAUCUGGAAAAAUACUUUUCGCUGGAGGGCCGGACGGCCAUGGUGACCGGCGGAACUCGGGGCAUCGGGGCGGACAUGGCUCUUGCUCUGGCGGAGGCCGGAGCAGAUAUAGUUCUUAUCCAGCGAGAUAGGAGCCAACAGGCUACGAAGGAGGCGAUCGAGGCACUAGGACGGAAGGCCUCGAUCUAUACAUGCGAUCUAGCUUCACAGGAGAAAGUCUCUGAGCUUACUGCAAAGGUUCUUCAUGAUAGACACGACAUCAGUAUCCUCGUUACAUGUGCCGGUAUACAAAGGCGUCAUCCAAGCCAUUUAUUCCCCCAAUCGGACUGGGACGAGGUUUUGCAAGUGAACCUAUCCACCGUCUUCUCCCUUUGUCGAGACGUCGGCGCCUAUAUGCUCACUCGAACACCGGAUGCUGCAGGCCACAGGGGGAGCAUCAUCAACGUGGCCAGUCUCGUUUCUUUUCAAGGGGGGCUGACGGUACCGGCGUACGCUGCGGCCAAAGGCGGAGUGGCGCAGCUCACCAAGGCGCUAUCAAACGAGUGGGCUUCAAAGGGUGUGAACGUGAACGCCAUCGCCCCAGGCUAUGUUGCGACUGAUAUGAAUGAGGCCUUGAUCAAGGACAAGGAGCGUGCUGCUAGCAUUUUAGCUCGGAUUCCUGCCGGCCGAUGGGGCGCGCCGGAGGAUUUCAAAGGGGCGACAAUAUUUCUAGCUAGCAAGGCGAGCUUGUAUGUAUCUGGGGAGAUUUUGACUGUUGAUGGAGGGUGGAUGGGACGGUAG